AUGUCUGACUACGAGGAUGAAAUGGACGUGGAUACAUCAAAGGAUGUGCAAUUCGGUUCUGACAAUGCUACUGGGAAGAAGAGGACAGUGGCCGACCUACCUAUUGAGGCACUGGACAAUCUUCCAUGGGUCGAAAAAUACCGUCCCGAGAGCCUAGACGACGUCUCCGGUCACCAAGACAUCCUCGCAACCAUCAAUCGUUUUGUCGAAUCCAAUCGCCUCCCCCAUCUCCUUCUCUAUGGCCCGCCCGGAACCGGAAAGACUUCAACUGUUCUUGCGCUCGCGCGACGGAUAUACGGGACCAAAAACAUGCGGCAAAUGGUGUUGGAGUUGAAUGCAAGUGACGACCGUGGCAUUGACGUUGUCCGAGAACAGAUCAAGACCUUUGCCAGCACAAAACAAAUCUUCUCCAUGGCACCGCAAUCCGCCAGUGCGUCUCUUGCUGGCUUCAAAUUGAUCAUCUUAGAUGAAGCAGAUGCCAUGACAUCCACGGCGCAAAUGGCUCUCCGUCGCAUCAUGGAGCGCUACACAGCCAACACCCGAUUCUGUAUCAUUGCCAACUACACACACAAGCUCUCCCCCGCGUUGUUGUCGCGGUGUACGAGAUUCCGGUUUAGUCCUCUCAAGGAGGCCGAUAUCCGGUCCCUUGUGGAUACCGUUAUUGAGAAGGAGAAUAUCAAGAUUCAACAGGAGGCAGUGAAUAGCCUGGUAACCCUCAGCAGAGGAGAUAUGCGACGAGCGUUGAACGUCCUUCAAGCCUGUCAUGCAAGCAGUAAGCCACUUCCGAUGCGCAAUGCACCAAAUGCCCCCCUACCCGAACCAGAGACCAUCACAAAUACGACGAUUUACGACUGUAUUGCGGCACCUCAUCCAGCCGAUAUCCAAGAAAUCAUGUCUACCAUUCUCAAUACUAGCGAUGUAACGUCAUGCCUCAACACGGUCAACACCCUCAAGGACACCAAGGGUCUCGCCCUGGCGGAUAUCUUGUCGGCUCUAGCCGACCAAUUACAGCAACUUGAAGUGCCCGCUCAGACCCGGAUCACCUGGUUAGAGGGCCUCGCAGAGAUUGAAUGGAGACUAUCUGGGGGUGGAUCAGAGUCUAUUCAGACCGGUGGGCUAGUGGGUGUAGUACGCAAUGGGUGUGAAUUGAUGGGCGACAAGGGCGUUGCAAUGACCUGA